ACGUGUGACGUUUUCAUCAAACAUGGCUUCCUCUGAAUUUUUGUUAUAUGUUUGUGUAAGUGGUUAACUAAGUUGGAGCAAAUGCCUUCGACGACUGACCAAACCGUUGCUGGACGACACACGGACCCGAUGUUUGCUGGACGGUGAAUUGGCCAGCAUGAACUGUUGCAGCAAGAAAAAGAUGAUAAAUAACAACGUCUCUAACAGGUCGACGCCUAUCUCACAAACCACGGUGAACCAGGAGUACUUUGAUUUCGUCGAGGCCUGCGGCAACAUCGCGGACGAGUCGACGAAGAACACCAACGCCAUCGGCCUGCGGAAGCUCCACGCCAACGUCAACCGGUUCUCGGUCUUUGAGGAGGCGCCGCCGUUCAUGGAGAAGUAUUUCAAUGUCGUGGAGGAGACGUACCAGGCCCUGCAAACCAGCAACACGGUCGGUAUUUGGAAGACUUAUUGUCCGGCUGACUUCCAAAUGGUCAAGAUCAACAUUGCAAGAGGUAGCACUUGUAAGAUUCACCUAGUCAUGCAUAAAAAAUCCGGGUUCAUUGGGGUACUGAAGGUCAUGCCCCCUAACAAAAUGGCGGAGGCGAGAACUGAACUGAAUGUGCUGACCAUGGCGAGGGAAAACCCGUUUAUAAUCCGGCUCAUGGACGGCUUCUUGUGUGAAAACUACUACCUGUUUCUUGAGUACGCGCCGUUCCGCACUAUUGAUCACCUCACCCAGGCAGUCCGUGGACUAGGCAGUGACGGAUCGAGACUCUAUGCACUAGAGGUGAUAUGUGCCCUACAGUUUCUUCACGAACGGCGAAUCAUCCAUAGGGAUGUCAAGCCGGAGAACGUACUCAUCCUCUUGUCUGGUCACGUGGCGCUCUCUGACCUGGGCUCCUCCAUUAUGCUCGAGGGUAACACGAUAUUGAACAGACCAUGUGGGACUUACGUCACCCGGCCGCCGGAAGUAUGGAACAAACAGUCCUACAGUACGCCAGUUGACAUAUGGGAGCUGGGCAUGAGCCUGUUCAACAUGAUCGCUAAUUCGUGGCCGAUCGUGCACCCCAACAAAGAGAAACAGAUCGCCUUAGUGACCAACGGAAAAAUCGUCUUCACGGAAGUCUUCAAAGAGCAAGCCACUGACAUCAUUUCCCAGAUGCUACAAGUAGACCCCUCUAAAAGACCCACCUGUACGGAGCUACUGCGACACGAAUAUUUUGAAUCUCUAAGAGAGCCGUACGCCCCACCAUAUACACCAAGCCAGCUGUUUUCUAUAUUUGAUUACGGCGACGAAGGCAGGGUCAUCCAAGAGCUAAUAUCUAAAAUAGAAAAGAAGAGCAGCUUCUAGUGUGAGUAUCUUGGGAGUCUUUAGCCGGUGGCUCAAACCUGUGGUACCUCGUCUUGUCACUGUCUGGCCAAGGAUGAUGAUGCAAGUUUUCAAUUAAUUAUUUCAAAUUGUUGAUUAGUAAAGUUGUCCUCGCUAAAUAAAUAACAUGAA